UUCCUUUCUCUCUCUCUCUUUCUCUUCCCUUCUUCUUUAUAAAUAGAAUGGCACAAGAACUGGUUUUGCCAACAGAGAUUAUUUUAAUCAUUUCCAAUUAUCUACCAUUCAAAACGUAUGUUCAAAUGUCCCAAACGUGUAAAACGAUGCAGAAUAUUUUGACUACAACUCAUGCUAUAGGGUAUUUAAAUGCAAGAUUUAAAUUCGGUCAUGAUACGGGGUCACUUUUAUUGUUUAUUCAUUAUAAUAUCAUCUUUGUCCCGUACAGUAUUCAACGUAUUGUUCUUCAUCAUUUCAUCCAAUCCACCGGACACAACUUUUCUUUUGCCAUCCAGUGUUGGUCCAUGAUCCAUGCCAUCCACUGUGCCGACCCAGGUAGAUUCAUGACCCUCUUAUUAACACGGGACAGCGAGGAGGAAAAACCGACACAUGAAGGUGAACACAGACGAAAACGCAUCUUACAACGCCAAACUUUAUUCGCAAACACAUUGAUCGAUAGCGUUAUUCAAUCUCAAAUUCCUUUCAAAGCUCAAGUCUGUGGAGCAAAGACCUAUCGGGCCGUCUUUGAAAGGCUCGUGAAGGCCGGUGAUUUAAGAGCCGUUGAGAACUGUCUCAGAAGUUUGGGUUCACCCACUGAAGCCAUCGAUCUGUCCGAUUCGGAUUUCAAUAGUCGCUACCCUUUACCAUCAUCACAUCAGGAAUGUGUCAAGAAACCGCUCAACAUAUCAUGUGAUAUCCUAUGCAGAACAAGUCAAUAUAUUGGAUUUAAUGCUCAUGACAUGCGAAUUACAACUGAAACACUCUUAAAAAUGUAUAAUGUGAGAGUAAACAAAAUAUCAAGUCCCUUUAUAAGUCGAAGUAAUUUUUCUUCUUCUGUCUCUACCACCACACACAACAGAGCACCCCUUACCACCUCUCCUGCUUUUGCCGCCACCGCCGCUGCUGCUGCUACUACUACUGCUGCUACUACUGCGGAUUCAACUGUUACUACGAAUGCAACAAGGUAUACACCGCCAAUUCAAACAAACACACGAUAUCCCUCUACCCCACCUCCUGCUCCCACUUCUCCCCCAACCACCACCACCACUAGAUAUUCCCCUAUGGCAUCUUCUGGAAGACGCUAUGGCUUAAGAAACAGUCGAUGCUUUCAUUAUUUACGUUAACUUCAUCAAUCAUCAUAAUAAAAAAAAAAAAACCUUUUUUUAUUAUUAUUAUUUCUAUACUCCAAUGACUUUCCAACUAGCAAAAUGCAUGACCUUGGUAACAAGAUAAAG